AUGCUACCAAUGUAUGCCCAUGGCCUUUCGCUCAUGCAGCCUCCUACCCCUGCCUACGUUCGCAAGGUUGUAUGCCCGACUGACGGCAGGCCGCUGCCAACCCUCCUGACUGCUGUCAGGCCUACGUCAAACACUCAGAAGUCUUGUGAAGAAGGCUUGCAGGAUGAUGAUGAGUAUGAGGAGGAAGGCCAGGACCCCAGCUUGGAGUACACAUUCUGGGGCGUCGAUUUCAAACCCAUUCUGCCAGCAGCCCUUGCAUCGUCAACAAUUGUUGGAGCCAUAUGCCUGAUGACGGUGCAAAUUCCGAUUCUCAGCCGGACCACGUUGAUGUCGCAAGCUGCGCUUUCUGCAGCUUUUUCUGUACUCUAUGCUGUCACGCUGGGGUGCAUGAUGCACUGUGCUUUUGCGGAUCCCGGUCAAGUGAAGGGGACGCGGAACGUGCAGCUCGGAAUUGAUGUUGAGCAGGGCAUGCCAAGGCGCGCGCACAAGUCGUGGCAAUAUCCCAGGCCCAUCCGUCGAUACGACCACUACUGCAAAUGGCUCAAGAAUACGAUCGGUCUUCUGAACCACCGGGAGUUUGUGACAAUGCUGAUGUGCUUGACCUUGAUCUCUUUCCUGGGAAUUAUGAUCGACUUGUGGGUUGCAGUCCUUGCGGCCAAGAUAGAUGACCUGCAGAGAGAGAUCAUUGUCGUGCUGCAUUUGGCCUACUCGAUUGCCUUGCUGGCGAUUGAGGGGCCCAUGCUCAGGAUCCAUGUGGGCCUCAUCUCCAGGAAUGAGACGGCGCAGGAGUGGAAGAAGAAGCAGAAUUAUGUGGCGCACGACACCAGCCUCGGUGACGACGUGCCAGUGGAGCAGUUGGAUGACGAUGAGUACAACAGCUUGUUUGACCAGGAUGCCUUUGUGUAUGAUCGGACAAUGAAUCCAUUUGACAUGGGCAUCUUAUCAAACUGCUGGAAUUUCUGGUGCAUGCCUCGCUGGCCAGCAGACGAAAACGGAGAGUGGUGA